AUGGCUGGAUUAAAUAAUGCAACUAAUCAUUCUAUAAUAUUAGAGCCUCCUCACAUAUCUCUUAAUGUCAUCUUUGCUGAAAUUGGUUAUGCAUCUAUAUUUUUACUCUCCUUACUUGGUAAUAUUUUAAUCUGUUCCAUUUUAAUUUGGAAAAAGAAAUUUCGAUCGAGUAAUAACGUCUGCAUACUAAAUUUAGCCAUUGCCGAUUUAAUGGUUACAUUAACAAUCCCCGUCAUCAUGGUUCUCUUACUGACACGAACAUUUAUCUUUGGUCCUAUAGUCUGUAAAUUAAUUUACUUAUUGCAAACUUGUGGAUUUUAUGCCUCGUGGCUAACAUUGCUCAUUAUUGCAUUUGAUCGCUAUCGUUCACUCAAUUUAACUUUAACCAAUGGGAUACCUAAAAAAUAUCUUAUUGCAGCUAUUUCAUCGAUAUGGAUAUUGUCAACUUUAAGUGCUAUUCCGCCACUCAUAUUUUUAAAAGUGACAACAAGCCGAAACGGCCAACAAUGUCGACAAGUUUGGCCAACGAGACAACUUCAAAAAAUUUAUGUCAUCUGCUCGUCGACCUUAUUCGUCUUUCUACCAUUUCUGCUCAUAUGUAUUAUCCACAUAUAUAUUGGCAUUAAACUAACUCGAAUGGGAUCUAGAUUAUCCAAUUCUUCAAUUCAUCAUUAUAAACAUAAAGUGAUCAUCACUAUGUCAAUAACAUCUGCUGUUUUCCUUGUUUGCUGUUUCCCUUAUCAAUUACUUUCACUAUUAAUCACUUCUGUUCCUACAUUUUACAAGGUUAAAUUUUUAGUCACUUUCGUUCUGGAAGCGACAAUUUGGAUGACAUUUGCGCAUUGCAUGUGCAAUCCUGUCAUUUAUGUUAUUACUAGCACGCAGAUGAGACAAGAUAUAACGGAUGCUUUUAAAGCUUGUCAUAGAUAUCAUCAUCGACCAAGGUGGUCUUCUAAAGGAAAGACAUCGCAAACACCAGCAAUAAAUGAUUCUCCUACCGCCAGGAAGGCGCUAUCCAAUCCUUCGAAUAGAAUUUAA